CAUCAAAGAAUAAGUAUCGAUGAGGAACUGAUUGUUUUUUAAUUUACAUUCACAUGUUUGUGUUUGAUGUGAUGAUCAUGUUAGCAAUUAAUUUAGUAAAAAUGUUGAAUUGACCAACUAUAUUUCGGAUAGAAAUACUCGUCCACAUUUUGCAAUAUAAACACAUACAAGUAUAUCCUCAGUAUAAAGGCAUCAUUUAAGCCACUGACAUGCCAAAACAACGACAUUAUCGUUGUAAAAACAAAAUCACGGGUUCAUUGAAGGACAGAAGCCAACAUCAGUCUGAUGUCUUAAGUGACACAGAACCAUCUUCGUCUACUGCAGCUGACAAUACUCCGAGUCCUACUAUACUAGCCAGGGUGCUGGAAAUACCUGGAUUUUACUAUGAUGAUGAAAAGAAGCGUUACUUCAAGAUAGCUCCAAACCAUUCAACAGGGACAUGCAACUAUACAAAAGACGCCCUUGAGAAAAAGAAAGCAGAGGCCCAAAGACUGCAUGAUGUGUCAGAAUUUGUGUCCAAGAAAACUGUUCAUUGCUCAAGCUAUGGUUUUAAGAAUAAAAAUAUUGUUCAAGUUCUAGAACGAAUGACAUUAAUGGGGUAUCAGAAACAUGAAAUAAGAUUAAAGUUGUUGCAAAACACCAUAACAAGACUGAAACCUCUAGACUCUGCUAUAGUAUUUAACGCAGAUCUGUAUUCACACAUGCAAGCUAACAUUGACAAUAUGUUGUGUAUGCAUAAGAGUGACAGUGAUGCUGAGUUACUGUGCCUGUGGUCCCUGAAAGACAGCUGUGCUCAGAGGAUCCAGAUAGUCCAGCUGUGUGAGGGCAAGAGAGCCGCAGACACGGGCUCACUCUGUCUGUCAGCCUGUCCGGUUCACAGGCCUCUAUUGCCAAUGACUCACAAAGUGACAGCAAUGUGUUGGGCUCCCCGGUCUGGCUGGCAAAGGCUGGUGCUCUACACAACUAUGGGACAUGUCUUUCGACAAGAGAGCAUGGCAGUUAUUCGCUGUCUUUCUGAAAAUGACACCGAACAUAAUCAAGAGUAUUGUUUAGGUCGUAAGGCAACAUGGUCAUGUGCGUGGAACCCUGUACACAAUCAGAUGAGUGUGGGCAGUGAGCGAUGUGCCCUCCUCCUCAAUACAGACCGGCGCACCAUGUUUGAGUACAACACCAAUAACAGUGAUCCUCUUGCAGUGGCCUUCUCAAAACAGACAGGAAUGACUCUGUAUGCGGGCCUUCGUAGAGGGGGGAUCCUGAUGUUUGACCUGCGCUGUCGCUCCACCAUCCCUAUGUUAACCCUGCAUCACAAGUCCAGUGUGUGCAGUGUCCAGCCUGUCUAUAAUGACAUCCACCUUCUUGCUGCAGACUUCUCUGGAAUUGUGUGUCUGUGGGACACUAGGACUAACAAGGUUUUAGUAGACUAUCACGGCCAUGUCAACAAGUAUACCAGUCUACCCAUACAUAUUGAUGACACAGAAACCAUUGUUUAUGGAGUUGGUGAGGACGGAUAUACCCGAUUCUGGCAGUGUAGGGAUGGGAAACAACUCCUGACACUUCCACCUCCAUCUCAGGUUUCAAGGGAGACUAUUCCAUGUGUUCAGCUCUCAACAAGGUGGGGUGGUCAGGAUGGCAACUCUGGUCUAGUUAUGGGACUGAACAAUCGACUGCAUUAUUAUGGAUCAUUAUCAGUGUAUUCAUAGUUGAAGUGCUACUUGUUUGCUGUAAAAAAAACAACUGUGUGUACCUAUGGGAGAAGUCUUAUAAUGCUGCAAUUCAGUGACUUCUUCAUAGAUUUUUAAAGAUAUUACCUUAACAAAGAAAGCAAUUGGGCAUGAAAUAAAAAAAUGAAAGUGAUAAA